AUGUCAGCUGCCCUUUCUGUCGAUGACCCAGCGCAGCAUGCCACCGCUGGCAAAGAAGCUGCGGUGGUCUAUGCGGCAUUUAUCAUCUUCGGACUGGGCAGUUGGAUCUCCAUCAAUAGUGUUUUCGUACAAUCAUCCUUCCUGGUCUACAGCCAGCCAGAGGGCUGGUCUCUAACCACCUGGAUUGUGGUUGCCUUGCAACUGGCCAACCUUGGUGCAUUGCUGCUGCUGCGACCGCUGGUGCGUCGGGCACCGGCCGACUGGAGAACCAGCGCUCUUCUGCUGCUGCUGGGCGUGUGUGCAAGUGUUGUUCUUGCCGCCGGAGCUUGCCAUAGUACAGCCUGGCUCUUUGGCGCCGAGCGCUCGACCGGGCUUCUGACCAUGACCUUCGUGGCAGGCAUCGCAAGCUGCGGCAGCUCCUUGGUCUUCUACCCCUUUGCGUCCACCUUUCCGAGGCGUUACACCACGGCACUGGCGAUCGGUGAAGGUCUCAGCGGCUCUGCCGCAGGUGUCCUGGGCAUGUUGCAGAACUCAGGUGCCAUAGCACGAAGUUCGACUGGAGCCUUCGCGUUCUCGGCGGUGCUUGGUGCGGUGGCACUGCUGGGGCUGCUGUUUCUAGAUCGCCACCCAUAUGCCAAGCUGUGCCAUGAGCCUCCGCAAGCAUGUGAAGAGAGCAUGUCUUUCAGAGCCACAAGCAAUUGCGGCACCUCUGAUUGGCGGCAUUUCUACCCCAGCUUCGUAGCAGUCUUCGUGGGUGCUGCUUUGAACUUUGGCCUUCUUCCCUCCUUAAAUCCCCUUGCAUGUUCGCACUAUGGCAAUUCACAGACAGUCCUUUUGUGGAGCAAUGCUGUGAUCUACGGCUUCGAUCCGGUCAGCCGCUUGAUGACGGCCUUCACUCACUUUAGGCGCCUCAACGCCUUGACCUUGCUCUUCACCUGUGCCGCGCUGCUCGUGACCGGUUUAGCGAAAUGGCCCAGCCUUGCUUGGAGCCCAUGGGUGAUACCAAUGGCCAACGUGGUCUUUGCUGCAAGCUUUGGCUAUGCACGGACCAUGGCUUUCCUCAUCCUGAAGGAUGGUGCGGAUCCAACACAUCUUUACUGGUUGGCCGGGGUGGUUCUGCAAGCCGGCAGCUUCCUGGGCAGCGUCGUGCCUCGGGAGCGGACGGAGUUCGCGCAAAUUCUCGCUCUGAGCAGCGUCGGGCUUCGGGAUCUCAGCGAGGUUUCUCACUAUUUGGAUCACAUCCAGCCGGCAAUCGAUCAGCUUGCAGCUCGCGAGUGCCACUACUUUGCAGACCUGGAUCCGACUGUGUUGCCGGAGGACGGUGCGUUUGGAGAACAUCGCCUGGAGAGAAUGCAAUCGUUCCUCCAGUUCCAAGACUUGGUAGCACAUGCUGUGGACCAGUGGUGCCGCCAAGCCAAUGUCGGAGAGGUGAGAUGGGCACAGCUGGUGUUCAGCAUCUCCAAGAGACGCCGCUUCGCAGCCUUCAACGACCAGGACCUUCUCCACCAAGCGCUGAAGGAAGCAGCAGCACAGACCCAAGCAGACCAAGAAACGCACCUCGGAGGAAUCACUGCCUCUGCAGAUGAUUUCGGCACCUUUGCUGCGUACAUGGCGGGCGAGGCGAAGAGCUCCCUUCGUGGUGGCUAUGCAGGUGGGGCAGACCUGGCGACGGUGGCUCGAGCAAUGGGGGGUUGA